CAGUGAGCAGCAUGCCGUGCUGCUGCGGUGAACAGAGAGAACAGACCAUGGCUUUCAGAUCCUCUGUGGAAUACACAAACUCACUGCACUGUCAUCCCCAAAACCCAACACUCUCUGUACCAACACAAAGUAGCUGCAGCUCUUUCUGAACUUUGGAAAGAAAAUCUCCGGGUUUGCUUUGAGGAAGUGUCACACAGUCCUGCUGGAGCAUGAGGUCGCCUUAUUUCCCAGCGAGAUCAGUGCUUUUCCGAAAAGAGUCCAAUGGAGUGACGUAUAGAGUCCCAGCUCUGAUCUACGUGCCCCGCAACAGAACAUUCCUGGCCUUCUGUGAGGAGAGACUCAGCCCGUCUGACUCCCAGGCUCACCUGCUUGUUGUGAGGAAAGGCACUUUCUACAGAAACUAUGUGGAGUGGGGCAACAUCAGUGUUCUGGGCACUGCCUACCUUCCAGGCCACAGGUCCAUGAACCCGUGUCCAGUGUUCGAUGACUUCACGGGAACGCUCUUCCUCUUCUUCAUCGCUGUUCUCGGCCACACGUCAGAGUCCUACCAGCUGGUGACGGGGAAGAACGUGACCCGGCUCUGCUACAUCUCCAGCACCGAUGGGGGGGACACCUGGAGUCCAGUCACCGACUUGACCAAGACAGUCAUAGGAGACACCAUUAAAGAUUGGGCCACGUUUGCUCUGGGCCCGGGUCACGGCCUACAGCUGAAGUCGGGCCGUCUGCUAAUUCCUGCCUAUGCCUAUCACAUCGAGUGCAAAGAGUGUUUGGGGCGCCUCUGUCAGACCACUCCUCGCUCCUUCUGCUUCCACAGUGACACGCACGGCAGGAGCUGGCGCUUUGGAGAAGCCAUUCCAGCUCCAGAGAGCGUGGAGUGCCAGAUGGUGUCUGUGGAUGAAGAAGACGGCUCCAACGUGUUGUACUGCAACGCACGAAGCCCUCUGGGAUACAGGGUACAAGCCCUCAGUCUGGAUGACGGAGCUGUGUUCCAGUCAGGGCAGCUGGUGCCCCGACUGGUGGAGCCUCGAAAUGGUUGUCAUGGUAGCAUUGUUGGAUUUCCUGCCCCGUUACAUUUAUCCAAAAGUCUGAAGAAUUGCUCAAAGCGUCUUGUCUCCAGACACUGGACAUCCCACACUAGCAACAUGCACCUACACCAUCCUAAUCCAGAUUUCCUAAAUCCUACCUGGGUGGUGUAUUCCCAUCCAACACUGACCACCGCCCGCCAGGAUCUGGGUCUGUUCCUUAGCCUGUUUCCACGUGAUCCAGACAGCUGGCGUGGCCCCUGGGUGAUCUAUGAGGGUCCCAGCGCGUACUCUGAUCUGGCCUACCUGGAGCUGUCAGCCUCACCUGGAGCUGUGCCCGCCGUGGCCUUCGCCUGCCUCUUUGAGUGCGGCACCAAAACCCCCUACGAUGAAAUCUGCUUCAGCAUUUUCACCCUCUAUGAGCUCAUCGACAAUCUGCCCGUGGAUGUACAGCCCAGGGAGGAUGACUGCAGACAGACCAGCGGGAGCUGUAAACAGCAAACCCAAAGGACACCUGCUGUGCAGCCGAGGCCGCACGUGAAGAAGAGGAGGAAGAAGAGCAAGCUGCUCGAGAUGUGUUCUUCUUCCUAAGCACAGUUUGAAAUGUAUGACAUCCAGACGAAGUAUCUUUUGAUUAAUAGCAUUUUAAAAACAAUGUAUUCUCUCCUCAGGUGCAUCUGGGUAUGUGAUUUUUUUCCAGCAAAUUAAAUAUUAGAUUGUAACUUUCAUAAGCUUUUUUUAGUAUACGCCCAUUUUAAUGCUGCUUUUUCUUAAGAACAUUUGUAGUUGGGGUUUUUAAUGCUCAUAUUUUUCAAUUAUCUAAAGUUUCUUGGUGCUUUCUUGGUUGCCACUAGUCAGUGAAUUUUUAGCAACUUUAAGCUUCUGAGACAUUAUGCUUUUUAUCCUUCACUGAUCUGUAUAGCAAAGAAGUACACAUUCAAAAUACAUUCAUUUAUUCAUUCAUCAGGACUAAAAGUCUCCGUUUUUUUUGUCACAAAAAAACUGAUAUCAUAUUAAAUAUUUCCUAUAUAAUCUACUGUGGCCUUGAUCUUUCUCUUCAUGUCAUAUCUCUUCUAUAACAGGUCAUGCAACCUUACACUGUUGUAAACUGCU